AUGACGAGGGCGGCUCUCUUUCACUUACUGCGAUCACAGUCCAAGCAGCUCGCAUCCUCAAACUUCCUUUCAGGUUAUCAACCUUGUAGGUCUGGAGCCUUGGCACUUGGCCUGAACACCAAACCCUGUUUCAACUCUGGCUUUGAUAUCAAUGCUUCCCAGAAAAGAUGGGCUUCUCAUGCCACAACAAAAGAGGAUGAUGGGAAAAUCAGCAUUGGACCACGUAGAGGCGGCGAAGUUGGGGAAGAUGGAAAAGACUCUGGGGUUGUCUACUAUGGUCCGAUCUCAUCUACUAUCAAGAAAGUGAAACUUCUCUCGCUUUCAACCUGCUGCCUUUCUGUCUCUUUAGGCCCAGUGAUAACCUUUAUGACAUCUCCGGGUAUGAAUGUGAUCUUGAAAGGUGCUGUGGCAUCUUCAGUGAUAUUCUUGAGUGCUUCUACCACAGCCGCCCUUCACUGGUUCGUGACCCCAUACAUCCACAAGCUGAGAUGGAAGCCUGGUUCAGACAGUUUUGAGGUGGAAAUGUUGUCAUGGCUUGCAACAUACAUUCCAAGGACCAUUAAGUUUUCUGAUAUCCGGCCAGCAGAAACCAAUAGGCCUUUUGUGACUUUUAAGGCCAAUGGAAACUUUUACUUCGUCGACCCUGAUCAUUGCCAUAACAAGGCUUUGCUAGCAAGACUGACUCCACAGAAAGCAACUCAGGAAUCAGCUUUUAAGAAUUUGUGA